AUGGCCCGUGACCUUGACACUAGUGCAUCUUUGAGUGCAAGCUAUGCUGGAUUCUCAGCAAGCGCAUCUGCCCAGAACAGCUACAGCAGUAGUCUGAGCAGUAACAAAUAUUACGCCAUGCUUAGUGUGGACCAUUCCUCAUCUAUCCUAGAGUUUGAGGGUCAUGAGGGUACAGAUCCGAAUAUCAAUCCAGGUUUUGUUGAGGCUGCAAAGCAGCUUCCAGAAUGGGAAGUGAAAGAUGAGGUUUAUGGUCAGUAUGUUCGCUUCUUUCGAAGUUGGGGUACCCACGUUAUCAAGUCCUCUACAUUCGGUGCUCGAUAUCAACUGAAAGUGGAGAAUGAAUCGUCAAAAUCAAAAUCGAAGGAGAUUUUACAGGCGCAGGUAAGCGCCGAGUAUAAUGGCCUGGCUUCCGUGAAGGGAGAUGCGUGUGUGAAAUCUGCCGAAGAAUACAAGGCCUACCACACGAAUUCUCGUCAAUUCCAGGCCAGGGUAUAUGGCGGAAGCUCAAGCACCAAUAUCAUCUUGAGCAAUGCUCCGGACGAUCUAGAAAAGUAUCGGAAAGCUUUCGAUGAUUGGGCGCCCAGCCUGGAUAAUGCUGUGGCCAAUAACCUAGUGAGCGUUAGAGUCGACAGUAUCGGGAACAUCCUGAAAAAUAGCUUAUAUGAGGAGCAUCGGCAAAUUUCCGGCAGGCUACUCCGAGCUCUAGAGUACCUGUCUCAAAUGCGCCUCUCUGAGGGAGUUUUGAAGUUAUCCACAAAGCUCACCGAAGAUGGGAUCCGCUCUGUACUUGGCGCGCGAGCCAGUGAUGCUCCUGGUAUAUCUCUAAAAGGAGCAGACCGACAUUCAUAUGGAAGCCUAUUAUUCGAAAAUUUGUGA